AUGAACACUGCUCCUACACCGUUGCCUAGGGUGGACAAACAGCUUAUUGUUUUCGAUUUUGAUUGGUCCUUGGUCGACCAAGACACAGACCGAUACGUACACGAAUGUCUCAACCCCUCUCUUCGGGCUGAACUUCAACGUCGCAAGGCUUUUGAACAAUUCACGGAUCUGUGCGCCGACCUGCUUCGCAAACUUCACGCCUCCGGUGCUUCACCAUCCGACAUCACCUCUGCUCUCGAAACGCUUCCUUUUCACCCUGGAGUCAAACGAGGAGUAUCAACCCUAAAAUCCGCCUCUUCCCCCCACACCACAUUCUUCCUUCUCUCGAACUCCAACACGGUCUACAUCUCUACCAUCCUCAAACAUCACAAACUGGAAAAGCUAUUCGAUGAAAUCGUCACUAACCCCGCCGAAUUCACCCGCGAAGGCCUGCUAAAACUCGAACGUCGAGUGCUAGCAACAGCGGAAAAGCCACACGGAUGUAAAGUCGGUUGCAGCGCAAAUAUGUGUAAAGGUGCAGAACUAGAUGCGUUCCUAGAGAGGAACGGCGGUCGAGAGGCGUUUGAUAGAAUCAUCUACGUGGGUGACGGGGGUAAUGAUUACUGUCCGGUACUGAGGCUGGGCGAGAGAGAUUUGGCUUUUGUUCGCAAGUUCAGAGGGCUGCAGACGAGAAUUGCGAAAGAGGGGGGGGUGAGGGCCGGUAUCAAGUAUUGGAACGGAGCUUGGCAGCUGGAGGGUUAUUUGAAUGAACUUAGGGGGGAGAAGGCGCUCGAGUACUAG